CUUCUCGUGGUUAGCAGGGGGAGGGCGUGUGUAGCGGAAUACUACAAAUCCCAUUUUGAAAAUCCUCCAUCUGCCCCUCUCUCCCACCAGACCAGAGACAGAUACGGUACGGUCUGUCUUGACGAAACCCCCCUGGACUUUCAGAACCGAAAACCGACGAGAUUAGUGGGCUGCAACGGCCAGGAACCAGGAACGCGAGAUUCGCACAUCUCCUGAUAUAUGCUUAUCUCCUGUGCGCAGGACAAACGGUGUUUGGCCCCCCACAGAGGAUACCUCUCUCCAGUUUUGCACUUGACGUCUCACAACCUUUGAGGAAUGCAGUGUUAAAAUAACGCAUAUGCAGGUGGAUCCCUCUCCAAUGAAUAUAGGGGAUGGCGGUACAGUGAGCCGAGAGAGUGGAGCUCCUCCUCCGACAACCCGGGCGGCGGGCGAGACCAUGGUGGGCAACCCGCCGCAGACGCUGCCGCCCGAGCUCCGUGGAGACCUGCCGCACAGCCAGCAGGGAAAGCUGAGGACCGUGACCGCCCCAGACUGCAAGAACUCGACCACCACCACCUCGACGCCGACGACGCAACCUGCCACGCAGCACAACAACAACAACGCGUGCUCUUCCGAGGCCACUCACUCCAACCAUCAUCACCACCGCCACCUCCACCACCUUCACCACCAUCACCACUACUCCCCUGAUUGCCCACUUCCUGCUCCACCCUCCUCCACCCAGAAGGGCCACAGCCACAGCACUCCACUUUCGGGCCAUUUGACAGCCAUGAACUCCACUCUACACGACCGGGCAGAGUGUCACAAGGCCAAGGCCGACGGCAGUGGUGGUGGUGGUGGUGGUGGUGUUGGCGGUGGUGCUGGUGGGGUUUUCCCAUCCCACCCGUGGACUGGCAGCUGUAAGAAUGCUGCAGCCGUGGUGGAGCCGGGUGGCAUGAACGUGAAUCACGGAGGGAUUGGCCUGAAUAAGAAGGCCGGCGCCCCUCCGUCCCCAUCCGUCAUCAGCCUGCCCCCCGGCUUCCAGUGUUCCACCCUGUUCCUGUCCUCGCCUGGUUUCGCCCCGCCUCUCUGCAAGAUCACUUUACCCCCCGGGCCGGGUCAGUUGGCCUCCCUGAGAAAUGCCACUACCGGCCAGUUUCAGAAGAUGCCCGCCGAGGGUUCCCCCCAAAAUCUGCAGAACGUCCAGAGCUCAGGUGGUGUGACUGUGGGCCCUAUGAUACACGCAGCGUACCCUUAUCAGUUUCAACCUGGACGGGUGCCCGAAAAGCGGCCACUACCGCCGCCGAAGCCGCAAACAAAGAUGAGGUGCAACGCAUCAAGCGGCAAAAACUCCAAAAUCUUGGGAGUGGAACAGAAAAGUCCCUGCAUCGCUCCUGUGGUUUCGCCGCCCAGCCUUGCCGUCCCAAUUCAGCCACAGCCCCAUCCCCAGCCCCCUGCCACUGCAACCCCAACACGCUUCACCAUGUCCCCCACUGCUGCCAUUUGUUGUAGCCCCUCACUGGCAAACGUUACCACUCAAAGCAAGUUGUUGAACCUCAUGGACAAAGGUCCAACUUAUCACCACCGUGUCGGUGAAAAGAAUCCCUUACCGUAUUUGAAAAUGAAGCCUUCUGGAUCAGAGGGGCAGCAGAAGCAACAGCCUGUUGAGUGUUCUGCCGAGGAGAGAGACGUUCCUCUGGAUCUGUCCUCCAAGUCAAAGCGACAGAAGGGCUGCGCCGGAGACGUCCAGCACAGUCCUGCAACUGCGGCCAUUUCAGGGGAACAUCGCCCCAUGGGUAACAAUAAAAAGAACGUUCCAAAUGCCCUGAAAAGGCCUCAGGCCACAGCUUGUAGCUCAGCCCCAUGUUCCAUAUUACCUGAUACCCAGCGCAAUGGCUCCAACCCAAAGGCGUCCUCAUCCAAGCUGCUCAAUCAUCAAACCCACCAGCCAGCACCAGCAUCGUCUUGGUCCAAGCAUUCACCCCAAGGUGGCAUCAACAACAUACCUGGGACUUACGUAGGUGUGGCCAGUCCCAUAUUAGCGUCAACUCUACGCAGCAAAGAUGGUAAAGGGGCAGCUUUUGUAGAGGACCUACAGAAUUUCGCCAAGCAGGAGACAAUCUCUAUUGUGGACCAAGGAGAGCAGCUCUCCUCUCUUGGCAAAGAAUCGUCACCAUUCGCGUUACCCAAAAGUGCCCAGCAGCACUGCAAAAGCACCCAGAAGCACUCAAACAGCACCAGCUCAGCUGGAAUGCAGCAACACCAGUCGUUCCCAUCAAAGGAGGCUGUCCCCUCGGGCCUUAUACCGCUGGCCAACUCGCACCUCCACCGAAAGUCUGGAGUCGGCAAGGCUGCCCCAAUCCCAUACCCUCCAGCCAACAUCAAGCCGCCACUCUGGGAAAAACCUGGCGUUUUCCCGCAGGGGACAUCGUCCAUCCAGCGGAAGACCGUGCAGGGAAGCCCAAAAAGUAAGGCGUCGACAAGCUGUGACAGAAUGCUGUUCCACUCCUCGCCCAAGGUGACGGAGGAUGAGAAGUGGAUGGGCAAAAACCUCAACAACAACAAGUCUCCGCUGUCCAACUUGGAGUCUAUUGUCAAGCAGAAAGCCCUGGAGACCACAGCCCUUACCGGGGAGCCGUACACCGGCCUACCCUCGGUCGGGUUCCGCAGAACAGAGGUAACAAGCUCCCUGGCAACAGGAGGCAAGACCACUCAGUUACAGCAUGUGCAGCAGCAGCAACAGCAUCCAGUCACAGCUGCUGCUGCCGUGGGAGGCCCACCUUUCAGACCAGCAGAGAAGAAAGACUCAAAGCCUGAGAGAGCUCCGUUUUCAGGGGAGCCCAUGCAAAACAGCAAACGUCCAGAAAAACAGUCAGCGGCUGCAGUGCAGCAGAGAGAGGCUAGCGUGGGAAAGGAGGGAAAGUCGGAGGAGAGUAAUAAGGCCAACAAGGAGAGAGAGAAGGAAGUGCCAGGCAAAUUUACCCCAUUAACAAGCACGUUGUCUUGUGGCGGCACUUCAGGUAGCAAGGAGGAGACGGUGGAGAAAAGCGUAGCAGAAGAACCAGCACCCAACAAUGAGAAAGAAGAAGAGGAGGGGGCAGUGGCAGCGGUGCGGAAGGAACCAGCACCACAAACCACAGUCAAGGCCGUGGAGGGCACGCAACCCCCAGGGUCCCUGCAGGGUCAAAGUGCAAUAGAGACAAAGGCGGGUAGUACGGAGACCAACGGCACCAAAGAGGCCUCUUCCCCUGUUGACGAGCGCAGCACCGAAACACCCAAAAAGAAGAAAGCGGGCGGCUUGAAAAAAGCUGCAAAGGCAGAGAAGCCAGCGCAGGACAAGCCGAAGAAGACCCCAGCCAAGAGACCGCUGGACAAGAACGGCACCAACACUAAGACAGGGAAUGUUGUCAAGAAGAGAAAGACAUUACCACCAGCCUCAUCCCCAGCACCAGAGAAGGAGACCCAGGAGGAGACCCCCUCCUUAACGCCACUGCCCACAGACAAUGGGGUGAAGCGCCGCAAGGGGAAGGCCACCGACUCACCCGCCUCAGCACCCGAGGCCCCCAGACCAGUAGGUGAAGACACCCCUGCCACAAGUCUCCAGCGGUCAGAGAAACAGCAGACAUCCCGAGCCAGCAGCCCCCCCAGCCGGCAGGGCAAGGACACCCCCUCUUCCCCCGAGACGCCCACCUCCAGACCGAGGAGGGGUCGUCGGCGUUCAGAAGACCGGCUUCACGACUGGAGCUUUGCCGCACCAUCCUCCCCUCCACCUCCCCCACCGCCCGCGCCAUCACGGGAACCCCCUACCUCCACGCCUACACCCUCAUCCCAGGCCAGCACCACCACCACUCCCCCAGUCCCCGUCCGCAGACCCAGGGGCCGGCCACGCCUCAACCCCCUGCCCCCUGAGGAUGCGGAGCUGGGUAAGGCACAGCCGAGGCCGCCCCCGGCCAGCAGUGAGGCCAGUGAGUCGCCUGCCAUGAAGAAGAGACGACGGUGCCGAAAUAGGAAGUACCAGAAUGGGGAGUAUAUUACGGAUAAGCAUAAGGCUGUGGAUGGAGAGCGUGAGGAGAGGUACACCUCGACCAGGCAGAGUGCACAUGCCAGGACCAGCGUGUACCCGCGUCUCAGCGCUACGUUGAACCGCAGGUCACCCAGCCCGGACCCCAGUCCCCGGAGAUCCUUGUUCACACGCUCUGGCUCCAUGCGACGCCAGGACUGUCCGACCUCCACCGAGACCACCGACAAGCCGGCAGGAAAACGCAAAUUCAAAAGCAAGCACUUAAUCGCUGACGCUGAAGACCAGAAGAAGCUAAAGACCAAACGAGGGAGCUUGGGCAAGGCGGACGAGUCAGAGGCCUCCCCGACUAAGAAACCAGGAGGCCCCCUGUCCUCUCCCAAGAGGUCGUCAUCACCGGUGUCUAUCAGGAGAGGCUCCACAGGGCGAGGUGGAGGAGGAGGGGUCCCAGAGUCCCCCCCUGGACGCCCCAUCCCACCAGAAGUGCGCCGGCUCAUAGUCAAUAAAAACGCUGGAGAGACCCUGUUACAGAGAGCUGCCCGUCUUGGAUACCAGGAUGUGGUUAUGUACUGCCUGGAGAAGGAUGCUCAGGAGGUGAACCGGCGUGACAAUGCGGGCUACACAGCACUGCAUGAGGCGUGUGCGAGGGGCUGGACCCAGAUAGUGCAGCUACUGCUGGAGCACGGGGCGGACGUCAACUGCAGUGCCCAGGACGGCACACGGCCACUCCACGACGCAGUGGCAGCUGACAACCUGCCGGCAGCGUGGAUCCUGUUGACUCACGGAGCUGACCCCACGCUGGCCACCUACUCCGGCCAGACCGUGGUCAAGCUGGCACACAGCCCCUCCAUGAAGAGCUUCCUCAAAGAGUUCUUCACUGACCUGGAGGGCCGUAGUGAACAGGACAACGGCCUUCCCUGGGAGCUUUACAGCAGUGCCGUGUUCGAAACGGAUGAUGACCCCUGCUGGGACUUCCUGCUGUCUGGUCCUGGUGAUGCUGAGUGGUGUGGUGAUGAGAGGAGUGUGUUUGGCCAGGACAGGGAUGGGGAUGCAGACUGCCUGCUCUUCGAGUUCUCCUCGGAGCCCCUGCUGCCCUGCUACCAUGUCCAAGUAUCGCUGACCCAGGGAUUCUGCAACUGGUUCCUGCUGUCGGACGUGCUGAAGCGACUCAAGAUGUCGGCGCGCAUCUUCCGAGCGCGCUACCCCCACCUGGAGGUGGCCAGCAUCCCCAAGGCAGAGCUAAAGAAGCAGCUGGCUGUCAGCCAGACCAACAACACCACCUCCACCGAGUCCCACACAGACGAGGAGGAUGAAGAGAAGGAGAAGGAGGAGGAGGAACAGCAGGAGGAAGAGGAGGAGGAGGAGGAGGAAGGAGAUGGUGUGAUGGUGGACCUAGUGAGGUGUGUUCCGGAGCUUCAGGGCUUGCUUGGUUCCGACAUUCAGCUCCUGCGAGCUGAUGAUGAGGAUGAUGAAGAGGAGAAGGUGGAGGAGGAAAAGAAGGAGAGAGAGGAGGAGGAGGAGGAGGAAGAGGAGCAGAGGGAGAAGGUGGAGAAGGAGAGGAGGAAGCGGAGGAGUGACAGUUCUAGAUUGUGCAGCCGGUAGCCGGACCUCCUUCCCCUCCCUCCCACACCCCACCCACCAAACUGGACCUGGAACUGAACCACACACCUGAACCCAAACACCCCAACCCCUCUUACCAGACCUCCCCCCCUCUCUCUCUCUCUCUCUCUCUCUCUCUCUCUCUCUCUCUCUCUCUCUCUCUCUCUCUCUCUCUCUCUCUCUCCCUCUCUCCCUCUCUCCAGGAUUCCUAAGAGAGCACUAGAUCAAAAAUGACCCUGUGACUGAAGUGCCGUCCGUUCAGAGUGACUUUGGAAGAAAAGACAAUAAAAAAACAGAAGAUGAGUGUGUGUACCCUGUGUGGGGUGUGUGUGUGUGUGUGUAUGUGUGUGUGUGGCGGUGAUGACGAUGGUGGUGGUGUUGGGGUUACAACAAUGACAAACCAGUUUUCCUGUCAGCCAGUACCAGCACUUUCUACUGCGUUUCAGCUACUCCAGCAGAAUUUUUUCUGUCGUCUUUUUUGUUUUGGUUUUGUUCUGUUUGUUUUUUUUCCCAGGCUCCCCGUUGACCUUUGACCCUGGGUAUUAUGUAAACACUAAGAGGUCAGGGGGUCAGACGACACUGAUGUCACCUCGUAUGGCCAUGCCACCAAUGGAUGGUCGAGGGGGAGGGGGGCACGUGUAGGGUGUUGGAAAGCGACAUUCAGGUUACUUUUCUUGUAGGUCAUUUUUUGAUGCCCUGAAAAUUAAACUAGUCAACCUGCAGUUUUUUGAUAAUUAAAAAAGAAACCCAGAUGUGUACUUGUAAAUAAUAUACUUGUAUGUAUAUCUUGCCAGCAGGGUGACCACAACAAAUUUGGUUGUAAAUCUAUGUGUGACGAUAUUGUUUUCAUUGACAUUGGGUGGUGUUUUUUCCUCCGAUGAUGGUAGUAUUGUUUUGUUCUUGCUUUCCUCCCCCGUCCCAGAAGAUAAUCCAAGGCUUGUUUUGUUUGGGAUUUUUUUUUUUUUUUUUUGGUCCUCUUAAUUGGUGAACUUUCGUGCGGAGCCGUAAGAAGCUUAGCCUCAGAUUGCCUUAGAUAGGCAGCCACUGAACCAGAUGGUUAGCUGGUAAACCUGCAUGAACCCUGGCUGGGAUGGCUCCUGGGAAGAGACCCUGAAUGAUUUUGGAGAUGGGGAAGGGGGGUAUACUCAGACAGCCGGACAUACACACUCUCGGGCCACGGACAUAACAAAAUCCAAAAAUGGACCAUGUAUUGUACAUUAAAAAAUCUAAAAUCUAAAUACGCACUCCCAACCCACACCAAUCACAGCACCCUCCUAUACAAUCUCAUUCGUCUAAUUUGCUCCAGGAAUAAUAUCCAGGAUAAUUUUGAGAUGGGGGUAAUGCACAGCCAGUCACACAUGGACAUGGGCCAAGGACAUUUGAAAGUCCAAAAAUGGGCAGUGUACAUUUAAAAAUCUAAAUAGCCCCACACCCACCCAUAGUACCGCCUCAAUCCAUCGUGACUCCACCCCCUUACCUCAUCCCUCAUGAUUUCAAUUUCAACUGCAGCGGUGAAAGCAUAACACCGUCUUGACUUACUUGAAAGCUGUGCUUUCAAAAAAUAUUGGCAUUAGAGAGUCAUACCUCUUUUCAUCUUUUCUUUAAUUUAAUGACUGCAGUUUCAUAGAUAUGUGUGGAAUUACUAGAUUUGGGAAGGUCCUGUUAUCAUCGUUAGAUUAAACACAGGUAAUGUCUUAAACAUGGAGGGCUGCUUUUUUAACAAAAAGACUAUCACAGAAAUGCCAGACUCUAUGGUUUAAAUGCUGCGGCAUUGUGUGUGCUCAUUACAUCACAACUAUGUGGGAUGCCCUUGUGUUGGUUUCACAGAGUUGAAUGGAGUAAUUGGACAGCUCCUCUCUGGAUCUGUAUUCAAUCUCCAUAGUUCUUGGUCAAUUUUCAUAGUAUGCUAUUUUGAGUUAACACUAAGCAUAGAUUUUUUUUGUUUGCUUACCUUUUCCCUUCAUUUUGUGUUGAUUGUAUUGGCAAAAAGCCAUGCUCUAUUGGCAUUUUUGUUGUAAUGAGGGUUUUCUUUUCCCAAUUUGACAGAACAAACAAAUAAUGGAAGUUUGUGUACUUGGCUAACUGCCUAUUAUGAGUCAUGAUUAUGAUUUUUUUUUUUUUAUUCUAACAUCAUGAAAUGAACAGAUUCUCAGACUGAUCGUCUGGUAUCCCAGACACCCUCAACAUCCCCCAACUCAACUUUAAAGGGGCCCUCCUUUACCCCACUCACCCCCCUCCAGGAACAUUACAAUAGGAAAUAUUACCAUCAACACUAAAAACUGCACUUUGCUGCGCUGUAAGCAACACUUGUACGAGGGUGGGGAAAACUGUACUACACCCUCAGAUAUACACCAACUGUCCUCGUACCACCUUUCCAGCAUAACCCACCCCAUCCACUCUGCAAACAGGCGCCAGAAUGGAGUCUGUGUGUGUGUUUGUGUGUGUGCGUGCGUGUGAGAGUGACUGAGGGAUUAUUUUUGGUCUUCUUUACACUGUUAAAUUUGUCAUUUGUGCUUAAUUUAAUAGUCA